AUGGGAGUGUACUUAGACAAUUGUUUUUAUGUACUGAUAAUAGUGUUGGUGUUGGUGAGUAAAGUGAGAAGUCAGUCGUUAAAAAAUGGUUAUUAUUCAACUUCAUGUCCAAAAGCUGAAUCCAUAGUAAGAUCCACAGUUGAAUCUCACUUUGAUUCUGAUCCGACUAUUUCUCCUGGCUUGCUUAGGCUUCAUUUCCAUGACUGUUUUGUUCAGGGUUGUGAUGGGUCGGUUUUAAUCAAAGGGAAAUCUGCUGAGCAAGCCUCUCCAGCGAAUGGCGGUCUACGAGGGAUGGAAGUGAUCGAUGAUGCGAAAGCCCGGCUGGAGUUGGAGUGUCCAGGAGUUGUGUCAUGUGCGGAUAUACUUGCACUUGCUGCUCGUGAUGCUGUUGACUUGAGUUCUGGACCAAGCUGGCGAGUUCCAACGGGAAGAAAAGAUGGGAGAAUCUCUUUGGCAUCGGAAGCAUCGAAUCUACCAUCUCCACUUGACUCUGUUGCUGUUCAAAAGCAAAAGUUUGAAGCUAAAGGCUUGGAUACUCAUGAUCUUGUUACUCUACUCGGUGCACAUACAAUAGGACAAACGGAUUGUCUAUUCUUCCGUUACCGUCUAUACAACUUCACGGUGACCGGAAACUCCGACCCGACCAUAAGCCCAUCGUUUCUUACACAACUCAAGACUCUUUGUCCUCCCAAUGGAGACGGUUCGAAACGUGUUGCUCUUGACAUUGGUAGUCCAUCAAAAUUCGAUACAAGCUUUUUCAAGAAUCUACGAGACGGCAACGCCAUUUUGGAGUCGGACCAGCGGCUUUGGUCGGACGCCGAGACAAAUGACGUGGUGAAGAAGUAUGCGAGUACUAUUAGGGGUUUGUUUGGGUUUAGGUUUGAUAAUGAGUUUGGUAAAGCUAUGGUUAAGAUGAGUUCCAUUGAUGUAAAGACAGAUGUUGAUGGUGAGGUUAGGAAAGUUUGUUCCAAGAUAAACUAG